CAAACGACGCAGAUCGAUACGCUGAUUGGCCAGCACUUCUGUGUCGUCUACUACUCAUACAAACAAACCAUUUUAUGUGAUUAUUACACAGCGUGUGUUAAUGACAGCCAACAAGGUUAACUUUUGUAAACUACACGCUUAGCUUGGCUGUCUCCUUUCACAUCGACAAUGUUCCCGACCCUGGUUUUGAAAAUAACAAAGUGAGUCCUCAACAUGAAUUUCUCUGAGGUCUUCAAACAAUCCAACCAACUUUGUAAAGUCUCUCCAGAUGGGAUAUAUUUAGCCACCUGCGUGCAGUACAGGUUGGUGGUACGGGAUGUGAGCACGCUGCAGAUCCUGCAUCUCUACACCUGUCUAGACCAGAUAUCUCACAUGGAAUGGUCGUCUGACUCUCAGUUCAUCUUAUGUGCUAUGUACAAGAGGGGACUGGUACAGGUGUGGUCGCUGGACCAGCCGGACUGGCACUGUAAAAUCGACGAGGGCUCAAUUGGACUGGUCGCUUCUCGCUGGAGUCCAGACGGACGUCACAUUCUCAACACCACCGAGUUCCAUCUGAGAAUCACUGUGUGGUCCCUGUGCACCAAAGCUGUGUCUUACAUCAAGAAUCCCAAAGCUUGUCUCAAGGGUAUUGAUUUCAGCAGAGAUGGCUGCUACAUGGCCUUGGCUGAACGUCGUGACUGCAAAGACUAUGUUUGUGUAUUUGUGUGCGAUGACUGGCACUUGCUCAGGCAUUUUGAGACUGAGACGCAGGACCUCGCAGGGUUAGAGUGGUCUCCCAAUGGCUGCGUCCUGGCUGUGUGGGACAGCUGUCUGGAGUUCAACAUAAGUGCUUGGCACCAACAUACUGCCGAAGCAAUAUUUUUAUACAAGACAUGGCUUUGGCCUCAUCACAAAAACAGUGAACAGUACAAGGUGUUGCUGUAUUCUCUGGAUGGCCGGUUACUGUCAACCUACAGCGCCUAUGAGUGGUUGCUGGGUGUCAAAUGUGUGGCCUGGAGCCCCAGCAGUCAAUUCCUGGCCAUUGGCAGCUAUGAUGAAAAAGUACGUGUCCUUAACCACAUAACAUGGAGGAAGAUUGCACAGUUUGAACAUCCAGCAACCAUCAACAACACUAAAGUUGUUGUGUAUAGGGAAGUGGAGAAAAAGUCAGCUGCUGGCAAUGACGAACUCUCGCUAGACAACAUAAGAAUGGGCUCAACACUAUUAAGCAGUCAGAGCAAAUAUGAGAUCCACCCAACUCCAUUUCAAAUGCCUGUGGUCAGACCAGACCCAGACAGAGCAAACCCCAAGAUUGGUGUGUCUACUUUGGCCUUCAGCUCAGACAGUCGCUACUUAGCCACCAAAAAUGAUAACAUGGCCAGUGUCAUCUGGGUGUGGGACGUGCAGAAGAUGAGUCUUGAGGCUGUGCUGGAGCAGACAUCACCCGUGCGUUGCUUCCAAUGGGACCCAAGACGCUCGCGGCUGGCGAUAUGUACUGGCAACACCAAAGUUUAUCUGUGGACCCCGGCAGGAUGCAUUUCCGUCCAAGUCCCCGGGGAUGGUGGUUUCCAGGUCCAGUCGCUGACCUGGCACUGCCACGGAGAUCCUCUCAUUCUGCUCGGGAAGGAGCAGCUGUGUUUGUGCUACACGAACACUGGCACUGAGGACAAGUGAUGCGAGCACGCACACAAUUGGAAUACACUUCCCCAAUAAACUGAUGUCAUACUGAGCAUUUUGGAAAACCUGACAUUCCUUUUUUGGGGGGACUCUUAGGCUCAGAGAUUUAACUUGCCUUGUAUUUCUUAGCAUUUGUACUUUACUAUGACAUUUUGUAAAUUUUGAAUAAAAUUUGACAAUUUGG